GCUCACGAAGCUGGUGUCGUCUUUAUCUGCUCGUUGUUUGCUGGUCGUGUAAGAAUUUAUGUAUGGAUUCAUUUUUUUCAUUUUCGUAAUGCGCUGAUUUAUUCGUUUCUUUCCAACGCCCGCACCAUCAGGUAUUUGUUUCAGACCCCACUGACUUGAUUUACGAUCUCAGAUUCUUGAAGUUUUUGCUGCCAUUGGAGCCAGUGCAAAUUCGCACGUCCACUAGCACUACCGACCGUUCUCGACAGGAAACGACCAAGAAAGGUCAAGAUGGAUUGCAGCUGUUGCAGCAGCCGCCCGGGCAAGAACGAUCGAAAGGCCCACGGUCCGGUCGAUGUCUUUUCCGGCACGCCGGCCUGGCCUGCGUCCAGUGUGGCGACGCCGCUAUCGGGAUCGCAGUUGCAAGAGACCGACCGGAUUUUGCUCCAGUCUAUGCGGCAGACCACAUCCGGAAACGCCCCGCAGUCCUUUCUCUCCCAUCGGGACACUGCCGUCGUUGCCGAGGAAGAAAAGGUGCAGGAAGAGGAAUGGCACAAAUUUCUGCGCAGCACCGCAGACAAAAACUUCGAGGGCAUGAGAAUUCCGGAAUUUCAGUUAGAAGAUGCGAGAACUUCAACCACAGGGGCGCCUCUGCAGAAAGCUCCUUCCGAAGUACCCCUGCAAGAAAACGAUACAAGAAAGAGCAGCAGGUUCGAUAUGCCCGACGUAGUUUCCAACUAUUCUGUUGUAGGGCACAGAUUCUCCCAGGCGCCAUCCUUUGCGGAAGCUGUGCUCGCGGAAGGCGUCCACAUUUUGAAAAAGUACCUCUUUCCACAGCUCAAAGAAACGCUGGAGAAACAGUUUUCCAUGUUUCCGCCGGAGUUAAGGACCGUGUUUCUUUUGCUGGACGCCCAACAGAUACGGAAUGUAUUUCAGUUUUUGCUCUUUCUUUUAGUUUUUUCUUUGGCCUAGGUGUGGGUCCGCGUCGGUUUGUAGCCGGUCUUGUUUCGUCCUGCACGGGAACAUUCUUUCAUCAUCAACGUAGUCCUAAACCUAACCUACAAGCAACAGCUCAUUCUGCGUAACGCGCACCAGCUCAUAACCUUGAAACUAACAGGUAAGACGAUGGAUGCAGUUCCGCUACGCAGAGCGUUGUAACCUGAGCCGGGGGGCGAUUGUGAUGAUCACAGACCAUGUGGGAGUAUCCGCCGACGAGAUUCCCGGGUCUAACGAUUGCGCCCAGCACUCCGUCCGAUUAAUCGCCCUCCACCUGGGUGUGAUGGAGUUAGACGCCCGAGACCUCUUGGCCGUGCAGAAGGAGCAGCACCCGGAGCUGCUUGCCUCUAUGUUUCCGUACUUGUUUGCUGAGGAAUUGAUCUUCCGGCAAUACCCCGAUGCUGUGGUUGCUGAGGAAAAUUUGGGCUUCUGAAAGUUCAGAUUGAUGAAGUGCAUUAUUUUGUUUAGAAACAAGGGACGAGUAGAAUUAAAAACCUG